UUAAUUAAUUAAUUAAUAAAAGUCCACCAGUGGGGCGUGUGUCUGUAACGGAAGAGUGGGCGGUGCUUGCGUUAACGACGCCUGGAUGGUCACGUGUCUUGCUAGCUGUUUAAAAAAGGCCGAUUAAAGUGCGGCGGCUGUGUUGUCCAGGGAAGCUCAGAAGAUCAGAGAACAUGUCCUCCACCAUCAGAUUUGGAUCCAGUCUGGGCCCCAGAGCGGUCCACUCCACUGCAGAACUUCUGAACGGGGAGGUUCCUGAAAAGCCGGAUGAUCCCAGUGAUCCCAACAAGAUGCUGCAGUGCCCUUAUGACAAGAAUCACCAGAUCCGAGCCAGCCGCUUCCCUUACCAUAUUCUCAAGUGCAGGAAGAAUCACCCCAAACUAGCGGAAGAGCUGAAGACGUGCCCCUUCAAUGCAAAGCACCUGAUGCCCAAGCAUGAGCUCUCCCACCACAUCGAAAACUGUGAGGACAGAUGUUCCAUCACUAUUGAGGGAGAGAGCACCACUGAGAGACUGCAGAAGUUUCAGGUUCCUGUCAGUACCUGGACAAACCCUACAAGUACAGAGGAGGACUGGGAUAAAGAGGCUGAUGACCAUGCUGCUACCUUUGUCUGGGGGGUGUCUACUAAUGUACUGUCUCAAAACAAGCCAGAGCCAAGCACCACCAACAGUCUGACCCCAGGACUCCGUGCACCUCGGACCCUCCCGUGGAAACUCUAAAAGAGCCCCCUCUGCACUUCUUUGGACCACGUGUUCCGCACAGAUGAAGAACUCUUAUUCUUAUUCUUAUUAGUAAAGUUUUAAAAUUUUCUUGCAUGCUUUCUAGUUCUUAACAUAUAGUCCUGUUUUUGAUGUGAUGUUUUGUAGUGUUUUUGUAUCUUUUCUAACACUAAUUUCUUAAUCUUAAUCUUACCGAUUCUGUUUAAGUUCUGAGAAAUGUGGGGAAAUGUAUUUUUUCUGCACAUAUACUCUCUCUCUCUCUGAGGGAGCUGCAGUCGGAUUCUUUUUAUUAAUAAAUAAAGGCGAUUUGACAGAAUAUCUGACAUCUGUUUUACAAAUAAACUUGCCUUGCGAUUCAAAAAUA